UUUGCAGUAUCGGCACAGCAGUGUUAGUGUUAGGUUUUGGAUUAGGGUUAGGGUUUGCAGUAUCGGCGCAGCAGUAUUCCACAGCAGAAAGAAGUGACUGCAGCGUGUGAUGCCUCAGCCAUCCUCCCACGACGUGUGAAGCUGUAUGUCCGAGCGAAGAAGGCGAACGCAUCGAGAUCGUGCUUGCAUCGUUUUUGUACAUAUUUAAACCGACGUCAUAAGUUGGAGUACCAGCGCUCAGUGAUAUACGGUGUGUGCCGAGCAUCGAACACUGAUGCACGCAGCAUGGCCUGACUCGGCACCGAACAACAGUAGCAGCAGCGCCAGCAGCAACUGGAGCGCUAGCGCCGCAGUCGCCGACAUGGACAACAUGAUCUUCAUGUUCAUCGCCGGGGCGCUGACGAACGCGUCGGUGAACAACACCGCCGCCGACAACGCGUCCGCCGACGCCUUUUACGCGCCGACAGCGACCGUCGUCAUGGCGACCGUCGGCGUGUUCUACAGCGCGCUGGGCGUCGCCGGCAAUCUGUUAACGGUCGUCGCUCUCACGCGCUCGCGUCGGCUGCGCAAGAAUCACAUGACGACGUUCGUCAUCUUUCUCGCCGUCGCCGACCUGCUGUUCUGCGGCGUCAGCCUGCCCGUGAACACGACGCGCUACAUGCUGCGUCGCUGGGCGCUCGGUGGCGCCCUCUGCCGCGUCUUCCCGUAUUUUUUCUACAGCAACAUCGCCAGCUCGAUACUGAUGAUGCUGCUAAUCACCGUCAAUCGGUACGUGAUCAUCGUGCACCGCGCCGCCUACACGCGCCUCUACCGACGCGCGGUCGUCGUCGGUAUGGUGCUGUUCGCCUACGCCUUCCCGCCGUUGCUGCUGCUGCCGACGCUCGUCGGCGCGUGGGGGCGCUUCGGUCUGAACGAGCGCACGAUGUCGUGCACGUUCCUCGUCGCCGAUGGCCGGUCGGCGCGCCCGUUCGUCUUCGUGCUUGGUGUGUUCGUGCCGACCAUCGUCAUUCUCGUCUGCUACCUGCGCAUCUGCUUUCGCGUGCACCGCAGCAACAGGGACAUCGAGGCGCGCAUCGACGGCCUGACGACGACGCAGCUGCAGCAGCGGCAGCACUGUCGCGACGAGCACGCGCUCACGCGCACCAUGAUCAGCGUCUUCACGGCGUUCUUCGUCUGCAACAUUCCCGUCGUCUUCGUCGCGCUCACUCUGCCCGAGGAUCGGCUGCCGUGGCUGCACCUGCUCGCCUCCGCGCUCACGUGGACGACGGCCAUCGUCAAUCCGCUCAUCUACGCCUACAACAACGACAACUACAGGCACGCCUACGCGGAGCUGCUCUGCGGCCGCGGCUCUAGGUGGCGCCGCCGCCGCUUCGCCGCCCAGCAGACGAUCACGUGUUCGAUUUCACUUUCGUCUCGGCUGUCGGUCAGAGCCGACGGAAGUCGAUUCAAGCCGUCGGAGUCACUGUACGUGCUGCGGCAGGCAUGCGUGCACUCACUCGACGACGCCGACGACGCAGACAGCCCCCUGAGAAAUUUCGCCGGACAUAGGUCGAUCACCAGCUGCAUGCAUACGUUGUGAGCCUACUACCGACGUCAUCGGCGUGACCCGCAUCUGGCUAAUAAUUCCACUUGCCGGUAGGUGACGCCAUGAUCGGUGUAAACGGCGUCUGCCUAAUGACAAUAUUUGCCGGUAGGCGGCGCCGGGUGGGAUCGCCGAGAACAAGCGUACGAAAGUGCGUGUGUUUCUCGCUCUUUCUCUCUUUCUCUCUCUCUCUCUCUCUCUCUCUCUCUCUCUCUC